AUGUCUAUAGUUUGUGUCGAAGGUAACCCACCAUCCAUGUUUAAUCCGCCUACAGACGACCACAAAAACCAGGAACCACUAGUGUUUGAUGCCUCGGUUCUUCGGCACCAAUCCAACAUUCCCAAGCAGUUCAUAUGGCCGGAUGCAGAAAAGCCAGGGGACAAGGCCACAGAGCUGUCUGUUCCACUCAUAGACUUGGGAGGCUUCCUCUCUGGAGACCCUGCUGCAGCCAUGGAAGCAACUAGGCUUGUGAGGGAGGCAUGCCAGAAGCAUGGCUUCUUCCUUGUUGUUAACCAUGGGGUUGAUGAUAAACUCAUAUACAAAGCUCACCAGUACAUGGACAGCUUCUUUGGGUUGCCUUUGGCCAAGAAGCAAAGGGCUCAGAGGAAGCUGGGUGAGCACUGUGGAUAUGCCAGCAGCUUCAUUGGCAGGUUCUCUUCCAAGCUGCCAUGGAAAGAGACCCUUUCUUUCAGCUAUUCAGCUGAGAAGAAGUCAUCCAAUGCUGUGCAGGAGUAUUUCCUCAACAAAAUGGGUGAAGAUUUCAGUGAAUUCGGGCAAGUGUACCAGGACUACUGUGAGGCCAUGAGCACGCUUUCCCUUGUGAUCAUGGAGCUGCUGGGGAUGAGCCUGGGUAUAGGCGGAGCCCAUUUCAGGGAAUUUUUCGAGGAAAACGAUUCGAUAAUGAGACUCAACUACUACCCCCCAUGCCUAAAACCCGACCUCACUUUAGGAACAGGGCCUCAUUGUGAUCCAACAUCUUUAACCAUCCUUCAUCAGGACCAAGUGGGUGGCCUUCAAGUGUUUGUAGAUGACAAAUGGUGGUCCAUUAGCCCAAAUUUCGAUGCCUUUGUUGUUAACAUCGGCGACACCUUCAUGGCUCUUUCAAAUGGAAGGUACAAGAGCUGCUUACAUAGGGCAGUGGUAAACAGCCAAACUCCAAGAAAAUCUCUUGCUUUCUUUUUGUGUCCAGAGAAAGAUAAGGUGGUGAGGCCACCAACUGAACUGGUGGACACCAACAGCCCUAGAAUAUAUCCGGAUUUCACUUGGUCCAAUCUCCUCGAAUUCACCCAGAAGCAUUACAGGGCUGACAUGAAAACACUUGAGGUUUUCUCUAGCUGGCUUCAACAGAAAACAGCUGAAGCGGUGUAA